CCAAUCACACACAAGAUGCUUCUCAAAUUGCCUUCUCCAACAUCAUCACAUUAAAGUCCACUAUUUCUUUUCACCAACAGUCACAAACCAAAAAAAGAAUGUCAGUUCUAAGUUUUUACUGUUAAAUACUGCUUCUUCUCAGACAUGCCAUGAUCAUAGAUCAUUGAAAAAGUUUGGCAAGGACAGCCAGUAACAUCCAGAAGUUGAUCCAUUACCCCACAAGAAGCCAUCAUGACCAGAUAAAAAGUUACGCCUCCUUUUUCCUUCUGCCUGUCGAAUUUUUGUCCCACCGUAUCCUAGGAUAAAGCAACAUUAAGAUUAAACUGCGUCAAAUUUUUAAAUGUUCAAGUGAAACUGAAAGUCUUCAGAGCAUCCAUUUAAUACAGAGAUAAUCUCUGAGUGAGAAAAAAGAAAAGAAGGAAAUUUGUCAUUCACAUGAAGUUGUUUGUUAUGGCAUGCGACUGAUACAUCAGUAGGUCCAUGUCAUUUGUGGCCAACUCACUGAUAUACAUUAGCAUAUUACAAGCGGUUCUUUGUCCUUUCUAAGCCACUUCAGAAAUCAGAUAUAUGUAAUUUCCAAGUACAUGUAUUUAAAGUCAUGCGCAGUUUCAGUUUGAAGCUACCAGAAUCUCCAGCACAUUAGAAACUGCAGUAACAGCAAAAGAGUGAGAUAGCUUUUGAUCCAUUAUAUAAGGUUUCUUUAUGCAGUCACAACUUAUACUGAAUGACCUGGCAUGCAAAAUGGCGACUGAAGCCAAUAUCCCAGAAGAUGAAUCUGCAUCGCAGAAGAGUAUACCGGAAGAAGGAUUCUCAAUGACAGAGAAUAAAAGUUCUAUGGAAUUAUCCCCCAGCAAAAAGUCACCAGCAGAAUAUACAUGUAAAUCACAGCAUUGUCAGCAGGUGGAUGAGAUAGAGAAUCCAACAUCCACAAAGUUAUCUGAAGAUGAAAAGCAACAUCAAACAGGGGUAGUAAGUAACAAUGUUGAGACAGGAGGUGAUAAAGUUGAAGCCAUCAACGAGACAGAGAUUGAAGAGUCUACCUAUCACACAGAAAAAGAUGGUGCAGAAGUUUCAAGGCAGGUACGUGCUGAAGAACCAAUGACAGAUCAAUAUAAAUAUUCAGAAGUAAUGGCGGAGACUACCCGAAAAGGGAUGAUAGCUUCCCAGGAAAAUGAAAACGCAAGAGCCAAGGGAGAAGAAGAUGCUGAUUUGGAAAGCAUCAAACAACCUACAAGCACACCAGAGACAAACAUGGGUCUGAUCAAUGAAGCUCCGCUUCCUAAGCUUGACUUGACUACCAAGAGUCAAGGUGAGGAAGAUGAACGAGCUGAUAAGUCUUGCGCCACAGAUGAAGCCAGAGACCCUGCCAUGCAUGUUGAGGACGGCGUUAAAGAACUAAGCUUGGACGGUGUACAGAAGAAGAAAGAAGAUAUGCCGUUUUUAGUGGUGGGUGAAUGUAAGGAUCCUGAAUCAAUUGGGUCAAGUGAUAAGCUAGAACAUGCUGAUAACAAAGAAGAUGCCUGCACAAUGAAUGUUGAAGGAGCUUGGUUUGAUGCGGAUUUAAAAUUAGGUGAUAAUGUCGAUGGUAAGCUUGAAAACCCAUAUUCUGACCAGGUUACAGAUGGAGUAAGUACAGAAGUUACAACUGAAGCAAGUGAGACACUAAACGAGGUUGCCUCAACAGUCUGCAGAGAUAAAAUCAAAGACAUCUCUGAGGAUAGCAUGACCAAUUUGGAAAAGCACCAUGAGGAAAAGAGAGAUUCACAAUUGAAAAAUGGACAAGAGGAUCGACUGGCACAACAAGCAACUCUGAUCCCAGAGGAGACUGAAAUAGCACCUUCAAGAGAAAAUGUUGAAAAGAGAGUUGAACAGAACAUCCUCCCUGUGGAAGAAUAUGAAGGAAUAGGAGAGAAAGACGAACCAAAUAGUGGGGAAACAUCCUUUUCAACAGAAAAGAUUUCCCCACUAGCCGAGUCGAUCACAAAGAUCAAAGGUGAAGAAAAUGUGAUCCCUCAAAAAAUUGCAGAUGGAUUAAAUUCUACAGAUGCAUCGGCUGGGGAAACAGGGCAACCAUAUAACACUGGUGAAUUCCCCAAAACCGAAGCACGGGAAAAACAUCAAGAAUUAAGCGAGUUUUGCUCUAAAAAUAACAAGCGAGAUGAAAGUCUUUCUGAAACACAGACUACUGAGAACUUGGUUGUAAAGGUAAAGGAAAUGGAUUCAGAAGUUAUGGUGACAAGAGAAACAAUGACAAAAUUAACAAAGGAUAUUGAAAAACUUCAAAAGGUUCCAGAUUCACACUUUGAAGAUGAAAGAGGUAUCAAGGGUGAUGAGAAAAUCAUAUCAGAGACAAGAACAGUAGAGGAAGAAGCCAUCAUUAAACAGUUAAUUGCAACUGAAAGUGUAACUGAGGAUGAAGACCCAUCAAGACUACCCACACUAGACUCUGCUAAAGAUGAGACAAUUGGGCAGAGCUCUCAUGAAGAACGUGUGGAUGGAGAAAUAACAUUGAUUGGGAAGAGUGAGAGUCCCAGACCAAAAGAUGAAGUUGAGGAAAGAAAAAAGACCACCGGACCGAAAGAAGGAUACUCAACAGCAACCCACUUGAACAACAAUCCAAAUGAAUGUUCCUCAGCAGAAUCCAAAAGUUCUGCGGAUUCAUCCUCCCUUGACAAGUCACCAACAAAAAAUAUCAGUGACUCAGAGCACCAAAUACUCACGAAGUCGGAGAAUGAAAGACAAGAUCAAAAUCGGGUAGAAGCCACUGAAGACAAAAUUCUUGAAGAACAUCACCAUGACAUAGAAGAUGAUAAUGCCAAAAUUUCAAAGCUGGCAAGCAUCGAGGAACCAAAUCCCAAGGUUCAUGAAGAGGAGACCUCUAUAAACAACAAUUACCUUGAUCAACAUCUUGAAUUAAUCACAGAUCAACAUGCAAUCUUCCAAGUUAUCUUGGUGAGUACAGAAAAAGAAAUGAUAACUUCCCAAAAUAAUGAAAACACAACUCCAAAGAGAGAUGAAGAUGCUGAUUUGGAAUGCAAUCAACAAGCUACAUGCAUAUCUGAGUCUUGUAUAAAUAAUGAAGACAUAGACAAUACCAUGCAUGUUGAGGAUGAGCUUAAAGAGAUAAUCUCAACUGUAUUACAGAAUGAGAAAGAAGGUCAAGUACGGGAGGUUGAUUGGAAGGAUCCCGAAUCAAUCAGGUCAAGUGAUAAGUCACAGCAUGAAAAUAAUGAGGAGUUUAAAUUUAUGACUAGCGGUGUUAAAGGUGCCUCCACAGUAACCGUUGCACCUAGUCCAUAUAAUCAUGGCGUUGAAGAAACUACUUUUGAAGCUCCCUCAAACAAUGAAGAUGAUGACGAGGAAAAGCUUCAAAACCCAUUUUCCGGCCUUGUAGCAAACGAGGAGAAUACACAUGUUGCAAUAGAAGCAGGAGAAACCAUGCAAGAUGCUUCUAAUGCAACCUGCCAAGAUAACAACCAGAAAAUCUGUGAGUCGGUAAAGCAAAAGAUAGAUGUAACUCCAGUUGAUGAUACAGCAAAAUCAGAAGAUUUAGCAUGCCCAAAUAGAGAUAUAAAAGGAGAGCAUGAAGAGAAAAUCAUUCAAACAGGACUCCCAGAUAACAAUGAGGAUGGUAAAAUCAAUCCGGAGACACAUGAUGGGGAAAAGAGAGACUUGAAUUGCAAAAAUGAACAAGAGCUCGAAGUUGGAGAGCAGGCACAUCUGAUACUAGAAAAUACAGAAUCAGAAGAACCAACAUCUGCACCUAAUACAAUGGGAACAUCAAUUUCAACAGAUAAGAGUCUCUCAUUAAUUGAGUCGGUUCUAGAGAUCAGCAAUGAAGAAAGGAUAUUCCCCCAACAAAUUGCAAAUAAUUUGAAUACUAAUCAUCCAUUAGUUGAGGAAACAGAGCAACCAGAGAGUGGUGAUAUUGUCUCUAAAACUGACAUCGCAGAAGAACGUCAAGAAUCAAGUAAGUUCUGUGUUGAAUAUAACAAGCAACAUGAACAUCAUCCUAAAAUACAAGGCAUAGAGAAUUUGAUUAUAAAGCAAGUGGACACAAUAGUGACAAAAGAAACAGUCUUAGAGUCAAUGAAGGAUGUUAAAGAAAUAAAGAAAUUUCGAUUGUCAUACUCUGAGGAGAAAAUAGAUGUCAAGAAAGAUGAGAAAAUCACACCAGGGGAAUCAAAAGAGAUGGAGGAAGUCAUUGAUAAACAGUCACAUGAAACAGCAAAAGACGACAGGGAAAACCCAUCUUCUAACCCAGUAAUAGAUGGGGCAAGUCCACAAGUUGCAAUUGAAGCAGUGGAAACUCUACAAGAGGCUUCCUAUGCAGCCAGCAAAGAUAAAAAUAAAGACACCUGUGAAUCUGGGGGGCCAGAGGAAAAUGUACCUCCGGUCGACAGAGAUGCAAAAGGAGCAAAUAAGGAGGACAUCAGUCAAGCUGGACUAACUGAGAUCAAUGAGGAUAGCAGAAUCAAUCUAGAAACACAUGAUGUGGAAAACAGAGAAUCAUUGCUGAAAAAUGAUCAAGAAUAUGAGCUUGGAAAACAAGCAAUAUUGAUUGCAGAAAAGACAGAAGAAGAAGCUCAAGGAGAAAAUGCUGAAAAGAGAAUUGAACAAAACACAUGCUCUGUAGAACAAGAUAAAGAUGAACCAACUUCUUCACCUGAUAGUGGGGAAAUAUUAAUUUCAACAGAGAAGAGUCUCCCAUUAGCUGAGUCCACCAAAAAGAUCAACAGCGAAGCAACAAUACUCCCACGAAAUAUUGCAAGUGAUCUAAAUACUAAAGACCUAUUUGUUGAAGACUCGGGUAAAUUUGACGUUGAUGAGACUGGCGAGGAAACCGAAACUGAAGCCCAAGAAAAAUUUGAAGGUUCAAGAAAGACCUGCACUGAAAAUGACAAGCAAGAUGAACAACAUUCUGAAACACAAAGCACAGAGAUCUUGGUUACAGAGCACAUGCAAUCAGAAGAAAUGGUGAUGGCAAAUACAAUCAUAAAAUCAACAAAGGAAAUUGAAGAACUCGAUAGUGUUCCAGAUUCACUCUCGCAAGAAAAAAUUGAUAUCAAAGGUGAUGACAAAAUUGUAACAGAGGAACCAAAAGAGAUGGAAGAAACCCCCGGUGCAUAUGAGAGUGAAGCCCUAUCAAGAUUACCCAAAACAGCAUCGGUUGGACAAGAAAAGAUUGAGCACUGCUUUCAGGAAGAAAGUCCUAAGGAUGGUGCAGCAAUGACUGAUAAGAAUAAGAGUUGCAUACCAGAAGAUGACACCGAGAAAGGAAAAAAGGCUGUUGAGGCAUUUGAUCUACCCAAAACUAAUAGCAGACAAGAUAUCAGUGAGAAACAAGUCAUAGAAGAAUCUGUUGAAGAAACAAUGAAAAGCUCCCAAAAUGAUGAAAUGAAAAUCCAGACUUUAAGAGAAGACACAGGAGGAGAGAUUGAAGGGAGAAGUUCGGUCUUAAGCCUUCCUUCUGGGCUCAUGGAGGUAAGCGAACCAUCAGAGACACAAGUUUCUGCUUUAAAACCAGAAGAAAGAGAGAUGGAGAGCACUGCUCGGACAUUGCCUUCUGCAACAGUCGGGAUGGACGCAAGAAAAGAGGACAUGGAAGAAGUUGAAUGUGAUCAAACAAAAAUCAAGGAGGAGGUUGAAGCCACAGAAUCAGAAGGAAAGAUUGAAGCAACAUCUUCCAUAGAGGACCAUGAUGUUUUGACCAUUGAAGAAAACAAUACUCUAGUCAAAAGCCCUUCAUCUAUAUUAGGUGUGCCAAAAAAAGACAGCAGCAGCACUAAUAAUUCUAAAGCCCAGUUUCUGAGACUUGUGAAUGAAAACACAGCCAUGAAGGAGGUCAAGCCAGUAGAUGUAGACCAUCUUGAAGGUUCUAAUAGUGCCCAAGGGAUGAUGGAUGUAACAGCAAAUGAAACAAAAUCAAAUUGCUUGGGUGGUGAUAUUGCUGAAAGACAAGAGGCGGAAACAAACUCAGAGAACAGGAACGUGGAGGUUAAAGAAGUGAUAGAUCAAGAAGAACAAAUAUCUGAUGACGUCAACGAGAAAGAUUUAAUCACAUGCAUCAACCAUGAAAUAGAAUUAACCCUUACUGACAACCAAUUGGUGCAUGCCGAAGAUGGGAAGUCAAGUAUUGAUGUGACAAACACGCUCCUUCAAGAAGAGGAGCUUAGCAAAAUGACUGAAGAUAGUUCAGCAAUCACUGGAGCAGAGAGAGAAGCACCUAAACUUAAAACAGCAACUUCUAGUAGUCCAGAAGAGUAUCUUAAUACCAAAAGCGGCGAACUUCUAAUAGAAAAGGGUGACUUUGUGGCAAAUGAUCAAAGUGAAGAGAUGCUCCUCCGCUCCGAUAACAUUCAAACCGAGGAAAAUGACAAUAACCUUCAAGAUCAGGACUCUCGAUCUGUUCAGGAAGUCCCAGCAUCAAACCUGGAGCCACGAAGUAAUCAUGAAGAGUUUUUAAACUCAUCCCUUGAUCAAGAGGGAAAUAUAAAUGCCAUCAAGUUUACCCACGAGGUUUGCCAGAGAUCAGGGAUAGCCGAUAAUAAUGAAAGCGUCAAAGAAUACGCCACAGAGGGUAAAAUAACAUCACCUGGGGAAGAAACAGAAAAUGAGGUUGAAGUGUCAACAUCCAAACUCCUAGAACAAACAGAGUCAACAAAGUCGACAGAAGGAGAAAAACCUCUGACCUUAAAUAAUCAAACGGAGCAAAAUAUGGAAAUCACAUGCCUCAGUGCUUUGAAAUCCUCAGAUGCAUCAAAAACUAAUAUUGACGACCCUUCUUCCGCAGCCAAGGUAUAUGACAAAGAGACUGAAGCAAGUUUUAUGAAGAAAGAUGACGCUGCCACCGAUGUCCCCAAAAUUGUGCCUGUCAUAAUUGAGAUUGAAGAAGCGGGCCUAAAGAAUCCUAGAACAGGACACAUAGAAUGUGACACAGACUCAGUUAUAGUCUCUAAGAAUGAGGGCGAAACACCGAAUACAACUGACAAGACAACAUCAGACAGCAUAGAUAUCAUUGGCAGAGAAGAAGAGAAUUUCAGCUCAGAAAAGGAGGAGAUUUUGGAAGAGCAGAAUGAAGGUAAAUUGAAGUUUGAUUCUUGUGUUAGGGAAACAGAUAAAACAACCACAGUUCAGCACCAAAGAGAACAGUCCAUAAGCACAAUUCCAACGUCUCUAGAUUAUCCAACACCAUUGGCAGAAGAAAAAGCAACCAUGGGGAAUGCAGAAGUUCAUCCAACGGAUGCAAUUUCGACAGGAGAGGAAAUCAUUGAUGAAGCUGCAGAAACUUAUCUUGUGCACUCAAUAGAGAACACAUUACCUGAAAAGGAACAUGAAACUGUCAAACUUGCAGGCACUUCUGACUUGGAAUUUGUAAAUGUCACGAAAGAGUGCUCAAAUGCCGAUAGCCCCCUGCUUAAAAAUGAAGUUAAUGAAGAAAAAGUUUCGAUAGAGGCCUUUGAGUGUACAACAAACAGCACACGUGAAGAUAGCGAGACUGUGCAGGGACAAGAUGACAAGGACAAAACUUUGGAUGGCAGUUUGACAGGUGUUACAAUAGAGAAAGCAGAAACUGCAUUGGAAAAUGAGCCUAUUGAUGAGCUUCCCCCACAAAAGAUUGUUGAAGCGGCAGAUACAAAUGAGCAAGUUGAAUUGGUUUCUGAAUCCACGGCUGAAGACCAAAGAGAUGAAAAGAUUUAUGAAGCUAAAGAACAGAGCAUCUGUGAGGACAAUGUCCCUGAAUCUAGAGAAAAUGUUCCGAAUGAAAAUUUUCAACGUGGAACACAGAGAGAAGGUGACAUGCAAUUUGAAAUUGAACAUCAUACGAGUGUCCCAGAAGAUACAGAUGCCAUUAUGCUUGGUGGCUGUGCUGAAAAUCAGGUCCCUGCUACAACUAAAAUGACAAAUGGAAGCAAAAACAUCCUAGAACAGAGCCCAGAACCAACGAGCUCUCUGAAGGAAUCUGAUACCUUAACUACAUGUUCUGAAACCUUUAAUAAGGAUACAGCACCAAACUCAGGGGUUACAGAACAGGGCGGAGGAAUGGAUUUAGGGAGGAAAGAGAAUCUAGAUCUCGGAGAAUCUUACAAAGGCAAACGAAGACUUCUCUUUUACUACCAUAAAAAUGUCUGAGGAAGGAUCACACGCAGAGUGGGAGAAAACCAGAAAGUCUCAAUGGAGAAAGAAAAUAAAGCUGAAAUAUCGAACAACGAAGACAA